AAUAUUCAUACGGGAUAGCGCCGCGCGUCCCCGCGAAGCUCGUGUUGAGCUCAAGAGUCAAGGCAAAAGCAGCAAAACGCACCAGGACUAGGAGGAGACUUCCCGCAGGAAAAAAAGGAAAGAAAGAAAGAAAAUUAAUCACUAAAAUAAAACGUGGGAGAAAUCCAUUAAAAUGACAGCGGAGUGAGGAUAAUGAGAGUCGUUAUCGCUUCACAGGAAGGUCAUUCCCGAAAAACAUAUAAGCGGUGCGCAGACUAUACGGAUAUUUGGAGUACAGAGACUCGACUGCGAGUGAAGACCCCGAAACAGUGAAACAUUAUCCCGGCUUUUUAUUUCCAGAAAGGCAUGGGGGGAUUUAGAUCUCGACAAGGCAGCACUGGUUAGAAGAUCCGACGAGCGGAGGAAGGACAGUGAAUAAGGACUUCGCCACAGACAGGAACUGCUCAACUUUUGACUGUCUCAUCUGUAAGCUGGUGGGCUCCAGUAUCCCAGCUGAUGACUGUCCCUCAGGUGCCUGCACUACUGGGCUGAGUGGGAAGCCUGUGCAUUUGCUGAGGGCGGUGCCCUGGCUUGUAUGUUGGUCACUUGCACUUGUACUCGCUCACAAGGACCAUGUGGUUUUCUCCCGGGAGAAAUCGUUUCCCCUCGCAGAACUGGCACGGUGCCUAUAAUUGCACCAAUUUCAGCGUGUCCUUGUGGGUGUUAAGUUUUUGUUGGUGCUUUGCGGCUGUGAGUGGUCAGAACUACCACCCCACUGUGAACACACAGUAUGGGAAACUCAGAGGGGUGAGGGUCCCCCUGCCUAGCGAGAUUCUCGGGCCGGUCGACCAGUAUCUGGGGGUUCCUUACGCUGCCUCCCCGGUGGGAGAAAAACGCUUCAUGCCCCCGGAGCCUCCAUCUUCCUGGUCAGGAAUCAAGAACGCCACCCAUUUUGCUCCUGUCUGCCCUCAAAAUAUACACAAUGCCGUGCCAGAGAUAAUGAUGCCGAUAUGGUUCACUUUCAACCUGGAUAUAGUUACCACAUACAUACAAGAUCAACAUGAGGAUUGUCUUUACCUAAACAUCUAUGUUCCAACAGAGGAUGUCAAAAGAAUAUCCAAGGAAUGUGCCAGGAAACCCAACAAGAAAAUGUGUAGAAAAGGAGGGACCCAUGCAAAAAAACAGGGCGAGGAUUUAUCGGAUAACGACGGUGAUGAAGAUGAAGACAUACGAGACACUGGGGCCAAGCCCGUGAUGGUCUACAUCCAUGGAGGGUCCUACAUGGAGGGGACAGGCAACAUGAUCGAUGGGAGCGUGCUGGCCAGCUACGGAAAUGUCAUCGUUAUCACUCUCAACUACCGCGUUGGAGUCCUCGGCUUCCUCAGCACAGGUGACCAGGCAGCUAAAGGGAACUAUGGGCUCUUGGACCAAAUCCAGGCUUUGAGAUGGAUCAGUGAGAACAUCGGCUUCUUCGGAGGAGAUUCCAAUCGCAUCACAGUGUUUGGUUCUGGGAUCGGAGCUUCUUGUGUCAGCCUGCUCACGCUCUCCCAUCACUCUGAAGGUCUGUUCCACAGAGCCAUCAUUCAGAGCGGCUCAGCCCUCUCCAGCUGGGCAGUGAACUAUCAGCCGGUCAAGUAUACGCGUCUCCUGGCAGAGAAGGUGGGCUGUAAUGUGCUGGACACAUCAGACAUGGUGGACUGUCUGAGGAAGAAGAGCUCCAGGGAGCUGGUGGAGCAGGACAUACAGCCUGCAAGGUACCACGUGGCCUUUGGACCUGUAAUUGAUGGUGAUGUUAUUCCCGACGACCCUGAGAUCCUAAUGGAGCAAGGAGAGUUUCUCAACUAUGAUAUUAUGCUGGGGGUCAACCAGGGUGAAGGGCUCCGGUUUGUGGAGAACGUGGUGGAUUCAGAGGACGGCGUAUCUGGAAAUGACUUUGAUUUUUCUGUGUCCGAUUUUGUGGACAGUCUUUACGGGUACCCGGAAGGCAAGGACACACUUAGGGAAACCAUUAAGUUCAUGUAUACAGACUGGGCAGACAGGGACAAUCCUGAGACCAGACGAAAAACGCUGGUGGCUUUAUUUACUGACCACCAGUGGGUCGAGCCGUCGGUGGUUACGGCUGAUCUCCACGCUCGCUAUGGCUCGCCCACCUACUUCUACGCCUUUUACCAUCACUGCCAGAGCUUGAUGAAGCCCGCCUGGUCUGAUGCCGCCCAUGGCGAUGAGGUGCCCUAUGUUUUUGGAAUUCCUAUGAUUGGUCCCACUGACCUUUUUCCCUGCAACUUCUCCAAGAACGAUGUCAUGCUGAGUGCUGUGGUCAUGACCUACUGGACCAACUUUGCCAAGACUGGGGAUCCCAACAAACCAGUUCCCCAAGAUACCAAGUUCAUCCACACCAAGGCCAAUCGCUUCGAAGAGGUGGCCUGGUCCAAAUACAACCCCCAGGAUCAGCUUUACCUGCAUAUUGGCCUGAAGCCACGUGUGCGCGAUCACUACCGUGCCACCAAAGUGGCCUUCUGGAAACACCUAGUGCCCCAUUUGUACAACCUCCACGAUAUGUUCCACUACACCUCCACCACCACUAAAGUGCCGCCCCCAGAGACCACGCAGAACACACUGUCCACCAAAAGGCCCAAUGGGAAAAACUGGCCAUUCAACACCAAGAGGCCACCUAUGUCCCCGGCCUACAACAGUGAGGACAAAGACUCCUGGGGCGAUGAUGAGGAGACAAGGCCGCUGGUUGUAGAGAACCCUCGGGAUUAUUCUACAGAGCUCAGCGUCACUAUCGCUGUUGGGGCCUCGCUGCUGUUCCUCAACGUCCUGGCCUUCGCAGCCCUCUACUACCGCAAGGACAAGCGGCGGCAGGACUCCGGCCACGGGCAGCCCAGCCCGCAGCGGCAGACCACAUCCAACGACAUUGGCCACCACGCGCCGGAGGAGGAGAUCAUGUCAUUGCAGAUGAACCAGACGCACCAUGAGUGUGAGGCUGGGAACAGCAAUGAGGGGGCACUGCGCCUGGCCUCGCUGCCCGACUACACGCUCACACUCCGGCGCUCUCCGGACGACAUCCCCCUGAUGACCCCCAACACCAUCACCAUGAUCCCCAAUUCCUUGGUAGGCAUGCCCAACCUGCACCCCUACAACACUUUCACAACUGGCUUCAACUCCACCGGCCUGCCUCACUCUCACUCAACCACCCGCGUAUAGCUUUAAGGAGGCAUGGGGCAGCCGGCGAAAAACGGGGAGGGGAGGAAGAGGCGGCGGUGCAGGGGUGGAAGAGGAGGAGCGGUCCGGAUGAACGAAUGGAGGAGAGGAUUGUGUUUUAUAAAUAUCACAGGGAGGGGGAGGGCCAUGAGGGGGGGUGGGAGA